UAAGUCAUGAUGCAAGAAUCUGGGACAGAGACAACAAGUAAUGGACCGUUUAAUCAAAAUGGAGGCUCAAGCAUGCAGAACGAUUCUAAGGAAGGACAACACAAGAGUGCUGCGCCAUCAGUGGAUGUGACUGCAGCUGAAGUUGUGCAUCUCCAACAACACCAGACUCUCCAGGUAGCUCGGCAGUUACUUCUGCAGCAGCAGUUCCAACAAGACAGUGGCUGCAUAUCUCCCAAAGGAAACGAAAAGGACCAAAACCUUCAGGUUCCGGUGUCAGUGGCUAUGAUGACACCUCAAGUGAUAACUCCUCAGCAGAUGCAGCAAAUCCUUCAACAACAAGUCCUGAGCCCUCAGCAGCUCCAGGUUCUUCUACAGCAGCAGCAGGCCCUCAUGUUACAACAGCAGCAACUUCAAGAUUUCUACAAGAAGCAGCAAGAACAGCUCCACCUCCAGCUUCUCCAACAGCAUGGAGGCAGCAAGCAGACUAAAGAGCAGCAGGUGUCAGCACAGCAGUUGGCCUUCCAGCAGCAGCUCCUUCAGGUCCAGCAGGUCCAGCAACAACAUCUGCUCAACCUUCAGAGGCAAGGGCUGCUCUCUAUCCAGCCUGGACAAACAGGCCUGCCGCUGCAGUCGCUUGCGCAUGGCAUGAUUCCAGCAGAGCUGCAACAGCUAUGGAAGGAGGUAACAAAUGCCCAUGUAAAGGAGGAGCAUAACAACAGCAACAACGGCCACCGGGGCCUCGAUCUCUCCUCCCCGGCACUGCCAAAGAAUCCCCUCCACAACCAGCAUACCCCCACCAAUGGGCAGUACAUGAGUCAUAAGAGAGAAAUAUCCACAGUCGAAGACUGCCACCCCCACAGCCAUCCUCUCUAUGGUCACGGUGUUUGCAAGUGGCCUGGAUGUGAAGCGGUGUUCGACGAUUUCCCUUCAUUCUUGAAGCAUCUUAACAAUGAGCACGCUUUGGAUGACAGGAGCACCGCCCAGUGUCGGGUCCAAAUGCAGGUCGUACAACAGCUGGAGCUGCAGCUAGCAAAAGACAAAGAGCGUCUGCAAGCAAUGAUGACACACCUUCAUGUUAAAUCUACAGAGCCCAAAGCCACCCCGCAACCGCUGAACUUGGUUUCCAACAUUACGUUGUCGAAGUCCGCCCCUCCUGAAGCCUCUCCUCCACUGAGCCUGCCCCAGACCCCCACCACGCCCACGGCACCUCUCACACCCCUAUCACAGACUCACUCUGUCAUCACAGCCAACAACCUCCACAGCAUGGGCCCAAUGCGACGGCGUUACUCUGAUAAAUACAACAUGCCCAUCUCUCCAGAUCUCAGUCAGAACAAAGAAUUUUACAUGAAUGCAGAUGUUAGACCACCAUUCACGUAUGCCUCAUUAAUAAGACAGGCGAUCCUCGAAUCUCCAGAAAAGCAGCUAACACUAAACGAAAUCUACAACUGGUUCACACGAAUGUUUGCAUAUUUUAGACGCAAUGCAGCAACGUGGAAGAAUGCAGUCCGGCAUAAUCUUAGUCUACACAAGUGUUUUGUGCGAGUAGAAAACGUAAAAGGGGCGGUGUGGACAGUGGACGAAAUAGAGUUCCAAAAGAGACGGCCUCAAAAGAUCAGUGGAAGUCCUGCAUUGGUGAAGAAUAUUCAAACAAGCUUGGGCUAUGGACCGACACUUUCUGCUGCAUUUCAGGCUUCAAUGGCAGAGAACAACAUACCUCUAUACACAACCGCUUCCAUUGGAAGUCCCACCCUCAACUCCUUGGCGAACGCCAUCCGUGAAGAGAUGAAUGGAGCAUUGGACCAUGGAAACAGCAAUGGCAGUGACAGCAGCCCAGGACGGUCACCGCUGCCAGCUAUGCAUCACAUCAGCGUCAAAGAGGAACCACUGGACCCUGAGGACCACGACGGACCUCUCUCCUUGGUCACGACUGUCAAUCACAGUCCCGAUUUUGACCAUCACAGAGAUUACGAUGACGACCAGGUCCAUGACGACAUGCUGUGA